AUGACGACAAACACAAGGAGAUGCCGCCCGGGUUUGUGUGGCAGUUCUGUGACGACCACUAGCGCUGAAGUUUCCACAACCUCUGAUGUUACUGCCCGAGUUAGUCCCUUGACAACCACUAGCGCUGAAGUUUCCACAACCUCCGAUGUUACUGCCCGAGUUAGUCCCGUGACAACCACUAGCGCCGUAGUUUCCACAACCUCCGAUGUUACUUCCAGAGUUAGUCAUGUGACGACCACUAGUGCCGAAGUUUCCACAACCUCCGAUGUUACUACCAGAGUAAGUCCCGUAACGACCACUAGCGCUGAAGUUUCCACAACCUCUGAUGUUACUGCCAGAGUGACAACCACUAGCGAUGAGGUUUCCACCACGUUUGAUGUUACAGCUAAAGUUUCCACCACCCAAAGUCAUGAAGUGAUCCUUUGGGAUAUUGAGGGUCUGGAGGUAGCAGAGUUAUCCCUGGUAGUCAUCGGUUUUGCAAUGGUGGGAGUUGUCGUACUUUGCUUCUGCUGGAGGAAGUGUCGACUUGGACGACUCAGAUCCAACCCAUCUGUAGUGCGUGACAUAGAAGAAAGGCCAGUCUUCCCUCACCCCCCUCCGGAGGAAAGCAACCCGUCCAUGCACAAAGACAAUGAUUCUGACCUCAUUCAUUUUGAUGAUGAAACAGACCCUGGAACAACCCCCACCCAUCCCCGUUCAUCAUCCCCCAUUCAGUCUCUUGUACCUGAAAUCCCAAGCAGCCUAGAUUUGGGGUCUGAUAUAACUGUACAAACAACUCUGACUCACACUAGUGGAUAUCCUGGACCUGACUAUACGCCAUCACCCAUUCAUACUCCAGAACACGAAAUGCCGGAAAGCUUAUUGGAUUCCACCGUAAUUUCCGCAGCCAGUCCAUCCCUUCCCAAGGAACAGAAUCAAAAAAGUAAAUCUAGUAGGAGUCCUAUCUUGACCAGAGCCAAAACAAAAGAGAGGAGAAACAGUAAACGGGAUUAAGAUCAUAGUAGAGGGUACAAAAUUUUGCAAACUCGGUAUGAUCUACUAGGUACUUUAGUUGACUUUCAUUUAUUGCAUAUCUACUGAUAUUUGCUCUAUGUCAUGAACAUGGGACUCUUGUGACAGUAAGGUGUAUGUCUAUGUAUGUCUAUAUGACAUCUUGAUGAUCUUGAUAUUUUUUUUAAGAAAAUGAAGGUGAUAUUUUUUUUACAUGAGACACAUGUAGUAUUAAUGUAGUAAUUGCAAAAAGUUUGUUCAGUGAGGUGGUUUAAA